GGUGACGGGCCCGAGGUGUAGGCGUCGAUGGCGGCGCGCGGGGCGCCCUCCGGCGGUGGAAAGAGGCGGUGAGGCCGCACCCGGACCCGCGAGGUUCUGCCGAGGGCUGACGCGCGGCGUUGGGUCUCCGCGCAAAGCGGCUCGGGCAGUUCUGCGAGGUGCUCCCUUCCACUACUGGGUGGGAUGUUUUUGAGAGGGAGUUUUCGCUGAAGAGAGAAUUAAGGAAAACAGCACCUGAAAAGUCUCAGAACAGACUACAAGCUGUUGCUUUUGGGUUUUUUUUGUUUUUUGUUUUUUUUGCAAAGAAUGGUAAGUGUCUCAUUAACUUGACCACAGAUAUUUGAAAAACGUCUUCAUCUCGAUGAGCCUCUCCUUUGAACUUAAUGGUUUGCACAUGAUGCAAAAAAUGAUGAAAAAAAUCUCUCGCUAGCUGGCAGAUCUGAGAAAAGCUUACUUUUAUACUAAAAGUAAUGACUAAUGGAACUAAUAAUCUCCAGCAGAACUGUCCUUCCCUCUUUGUCACACUGUUAUACAAGAGCAAGAAUGCUAAAUUUCUGAGGCUAAUAGUAGUUUGCCUCUUUGUAUGGCUUUAAUCUGGACAGCUCGAAGUCUUUUGAUGGUGGAGAUAAGAACAGGGAGGCAAACUUUCUUCAAAGCUAGGCAGCUUCAUUUGUAAUGAGACAUUACAUUAUGUACAAAUUAUUUGAUACUCAGACGUGGCCAGUGCUCAAGGUGUUCAUCGACAGUUGCAUUUAUUUGCCAGUUCUGGCAUAGUGUGCCUCUUCAAAUGCCUCUCCAUGAGCCCAGCCAUUUGGCUUCACCUACACUGCUCUGAGAAUUUGAACCUCAGUGCUGAUGGACAUGGCACUGUUAUGGAUACAUCUAAACUUGCACUUCCUCUGAGGGCUGUGCUUGUAUUUCUAAAUCUAAAUCUAGUUAGCGGGUUAGGGACCUCAGUAAGUUGAUUUGUACUAUUUUAGAUGGAUAAAUACUUAGUAUUACCUUGUGAUGAAAAUGACUUCUCUUUCUUUCAUUGACUGUAGAGGGAGCCAUGGCAACUUGCUUGAACUAGAUGCUUCCUUUGAAAUUCUGAUUUUUAGAUGAGAUGAGCACUAGCCUUGGUGUGUAGAGCAAGCCUACAAAAUGUAUUUCCAUAAGGAGACAGAAUAACUUUAGUAGAAUAGCUACUGAAAUGUGUUGCAAGAAAAAAAACUUUGAAGUAGCAAGAGACCUGGAUGAAAUAAAAACUCUUUCCAGUUGAACUUUGCCUUAAUUGCCUACAGAACUUCUAGGGGGUUGCAGAGCAUCACAAAGCAUAUAAAGCGUUUUCAAGGGAUUAAAAAAUCAUCGUUUCUUCUCUUUGCCCUCUUCCCCCAUCCCCCCCUUUUUUGUUGUUCCCUUGGACAACCCAGGAGGAGCGAGGCAAGGCGAGCCGACAAGAUGCGGGAGAGGGCCGCGGUUGGGGCACUCUCCGUGGUGCUGAUCCUGGCGCUGGGUCUCCCACUAGGAGCCCUGGCCUGCCCCCACCCCUGCGCCUGCUACGUCCCCACCGAAGUCCACUGCACGUUUCGAUCCUUAGCAGCCGUGCCGGCAAGGAUUUCUAAACAUGUGGAAAGAAUCAAUUUUGGGUUUAACAGUAUACAGUCUAUAUAUGAAAACUCCUUUGCAGGACUCACUAAACUGGAAUUGCUUAUGAUACAUGGAAAUGACAUUCAGAAUAUACCUAAUGGUGCUCUGAAAGAUCUCAUGUCCCUGCAGGUUUUCAAAAUUAGUUACAAUAAAUUGAAAGUUAUAACUGGCCAAACCCUCCAUGGACUUUCAAGUUUAAUGAGGCUGCAUGUGGACCACAACAGAAUCGAGUUUAUUCAUCCAAAUGCUUUUAAUGGAUUAACUUCUCUGAGAUUGGUCCACUUGGAAGGAAAUUUACUCCAGCAGCUUCAUCCACACACCUUUUCAACAUUUAUGGUCCUUAAUUAUUUUAAACUGUCAACAGUAAGACAUCUCUACCUAUCUGAAAAUGCUAUUAGCACGUUGCCUGCAGGGAUGUUUCAAGGUAUGCCACUGCUGGAGAAUCUUUACCUUCAUGGGAAUCCAUGGGCCUGUGACUGCAGCUUACAGUGGCUCCUCGAUUGGAAUGAAAAUUCUGGAGGUGUUCUAAAAUGCAAAAAGGACAAAGCCUAUGAAGGGGGGCAGCUCUGUCCUAGGUGCAACAGCCCAAAACAGCUGCAAAAAGAAGAUAUCCAAAACUUGAAAGAUAUUUCCUGUAGGAAACCUAUCAUUCAGUCCUCACUGAGGCACAAUAGCAGCACUCAAGACGAAGAAGAUGGUGAGAAUUAUGAACUCCCUCUGGAAGUGUUUCAGUCUUCUCCAUGGAACAUUACACUGAAUAUGACUGAUGAGCAUGGCAAUGUAGUCCAUUUGAACUGUGAAAUCAAGAAACCAACAGGCUCUACCAAGAUUCAAUGGAAUCAAAUUCAGACUCAGGAGAUUGAUAUAAAUGCUACAGUAUCAUUGGAUUUUGAAUGCCCAAUGAAUAGAGAGAACUAUGAAAAACUGUGGAAGCUGAUUGCUUAUUAUAGUGAAGUGCCCGUCAAAUUAGAAAGAGAACUUAUGCUCAGCAAGGAGCCUAAAAUAAGCUAUCGGUACAAGCAAGGCUCAGACUAUGAUGCUCUUUAUUACACAGGUGUAAAAGCUCAAAUACUGGCUGAGCCUUCCUGGGUGAUGCAACCUCUUAUAAAUAUCCAAUUAAACAGGCGCCAGAGUACAGGGAAAAAAGUGGUGCUAUCUUUUUUUACUGUGUUUUCUCAGGCAAUUCAUACCAAAGACAUGAGGCAGCAGAGAAGCUGGGUGAUGAUAGAACAAAAUCAAAGCACAAGGAAAGCACAGAGUGUGGUAGAAGGGUCAGAGUGUCAGCUGAACUGCAAUGUGAAAGCCUCUGAGCGUCCUUUCAUUCAGUGGCUCUUUCCAGAUGGGACAAAACUGCAGGCUCCAUUUAAUCAAAAGGACAGCAGAUUUUCCAUUCUCACUAGUGGUCAACUAGUAAUCAAACCAGUGAGUUACACUGAUGCUGGCUUGUAUCACUGCAUUGCCCAAGUGAGAGAUGACGUGGAUAUUAUGGCUUACAGGCUUCUAGUGCAGCCUCCUGCUAUUCAAGUAGCUGACUCAGAUAUAGUGAGAGUUGAAAAAAAUGUUGGAGAUCCCAUAGUUUUGCCUUGCAGUGCAAUUGCCAGCCCAGAGGCACAAUUGAGCUGGAUUCUUCCAAACAGCCAGGUACUUAAUGUUUUGUCAAACUCUUCAAAAGGAUAUGUGAUGGACAAUGGUACUUUGCUUAUUCCAAAAAGCCACGUCAGUGACAGUGGCCAUUACAGAUGUGUGGCUGUCAAUCAGCAGGGAUCAGAUCAGUUUACUGUAAGAGUGACAGUAAAUAAAAUGGUGUCUGACAGGUCAUUUAAAAGGAUAAAACUGAAAAAACGCACACGCUCAAAAAGCUCAUCGAAAACAAGAGGGCAGGUCAUAGAUGAUGGAGAAGGAUCAGGCACAGGAGGUGUUGAUGAAUUCCCACGAAGAAAGAACCACCUGAAGGACAGAGAGAUAUCCUUUAAACAAAAAAGUGACCAGAUGCUAGAGGCUCAAAUUAAAAAGGGAAAGAAAGGCAGAAGGAAAAUGAAAAUUUGGAAAGGUACUGAUAGAACCCAAGACAGCAAUGUUGCAGAAGGUCGAAGAGCAUUUGAAUCUCGACGGAGAAUUAAUAUGGCAAACAAACAGAUUAAUCCACAGCACUGGGCUGACAUUUUGGCAAAGGUCCGUGGGAAGAACCUUCCUAGAACUACAACAGCUACAGCCACUUUGUUAACAACUACACUGCCAUCAGAUGUGCAGAAAACUACUCCUGUCCCUCAUCCAGUAGCCAUCCCUCUGCCUUCAGAGACAACAGCUGAUGUAGUAGAUUCUUCUGCUGAUGCAUCACCACUGGGAGAAAAUGAGCCAUUCUCAGUCACUGUUUCCCACAGCAAUAAAGCAUUUUCAGCUUGGUCCACAAUAACAGGGUCAGAAACUGAACACUUCUAUGACCAAAGAAUUUUAAAAACACCUGCAAGUAUACACUCUGUUGAAAUCCCUGUAUCGAGUCCUGUCUUUGCAACAGUGCUACCUCAAGGCCAGCAGCAUCAGGAUGGCAGGGUUGAUUCUUCAGUUGUAGUCACAGAAAAUAUUCGUGCUGUCACUGAAGAAUCUUUGACCAAAGAAACAGUGACCAGCUAUCUGAAUAUUCAGAGUAGUUCAUUCACAGUGGAACAUGUAGAUGCAACUGUAUCUUCUAAGUCAGAGGAAAAUUCUGCUUUUGCUGAACUGCCAAUUGAUGCUUCUGUCCUAGCUGAAUCUCAGUCUGUAGAUCUUCCUGGUGUCUUAGAGAGAAAUGAGAGAUUAAAUGAAGUGGAUCAAAUGAGUGUCAGCAGUAUAAUUUUAGCACCUUCUCAGCUGUAUGACGUCCCUACAGAUUCUGUAGGUUCCACUGUCAUUUCUUCAUCUGUUACAGUAAAAAGCAAUGACUUCAUACAUGGACACAGAGAUGUAUCCACUGGUCAAGCAAAAAUAGCAGAUUUAAGUACAACUUCUCCAGCUGUUAUAUCCAUCAAGGUCCAAAGCAAGGAAGAAUCAGAGAUCCACAGAAGUACAGUGACUCAAGAAAGCAUGUCCAGCACUUACACAGAGAGUUUUCAUGGAAGAGAACAGAGAAACCUGUCUGCUUCCAAAACGGAUCCCACAUUUAUUUUGCCAAGUACGAAUGUUCCUUAUAAAAAAACAGAGGAGGUAACUGCUGCUUUCAUCAGCAAAUUGACGACUGCUGCCACAACAUCGACACCCUAUAGGAAAACAACACCUUCACUAGUUACUCAGCAUGCUAGGAAAAGGCCUUAUGGGAGAAGGAGACUGAGACCAAAUAGAAUCCGCCAAAGAACAAAACCUUUCCCCCGUGUUGUUUUAACUACAGAGGCAAUGCCUAACAUUCCAAGAACAUCUAAAGUUGAAGCUGUUACCCAGGCUUCCUCUACAGUACUUGAAAGUCCUGAUCUUAAAAGUGGUGUCAAAAUACAGGCUAAGGAAGAGGAGCAUAGGGAAAUCACUCCUUCACUAGUUACUGAUCCUGUUGUAAUAGAGAAAAUGACCAAAACCAAAGAAGCUGUCACAGCUUCUUUCUUUAGGCCUACUACUUCUCAACCUGAAAGAAAAUACGUGACACAUUCUACUCCUGAAACCUUGGUACUUCCAGUGACUGAACCCAUCACAAUUUUGUCAUCAUAUGUUUCACAUAACACAGUUCCCACAGAAGAGUCAAGUGCACCUCAGAAACCAGAGCAAAAUAAAAUGCCAACAUUUGACUCAUUAGAGAAUGUAUCUGAAGAGAGGACCCUUAAAGAAGAUUCUAAAGCUCCAGAUAGUGAGGCAGAAUCAUCAAGUACAGCUACCUCUGAGUAUAGGAGCAGCUUGAUAUCAUCUACAAAAUCCAGUUACCCAGAAUCUCAGGAAGAGACCAUCGCUUUUCACUCAGAUGUUGUGGCUAAUGAAGCUAUUGCUGGAACAUUCCAGCCGAUGUAUCCUACCGUGACAGAUUUAAGUAUUCCUUCUGACACACUGGAAGUUCUUGAAGAUGUCUCAGAUUCAGAGGAGUUAUGGAAGCCCACAGUAUUUUUAAAAACACCAGCAAUAACGGAGACACCCCAGCAACAAGAAAUCAUAUCUUUGUACUCCUCCUUCACCACAAUGGAAACUCAAACUUUUCCACCUUCAGAAAGAGAAAUGUCUAUUGUUUCUCAUACUGAGGCAAAAUCAUCUUCCAUGGAUAAGGAGGAAACAGUAUCAAAUGUAUUUCAUCACGAUCCCACUUUGCAGACAUUUGAAAAACCUCAGACUACACAGGAUGUCCUUAUUCCAUUUACAAAACCUCCUACUCUUCCUCCCCCCAUCUCAAGCACUUUACAUCAUUCUCUUCAUUAUACUUCCAAAGGCAGUAAUGCCUUCAAUCAAGAAAGGUUGCCAGCAGUAAAACAAGUUGAAGCAGAAAGUGAAAGAAUGGUGGUGAGCUCAAGACUGAAUGUACGCCCUACUCCCUUCUCUAGUCAAAACAGGAUUAGCAUACAGUCUAAAGAGGAACAGUUCAAAGAAAUGUACAGUAGCAGGUCAAACAACAGUAUAUUGCUAAAUCCAAACCUUCCCCAUCCACCCGCUGGAAUGAUACCAAGCCUAAAUCAAAGACUGCCAGUUGUGCCUCCAAGGCAUGUUCCAGUAAGAGGCACAGUGAAGCCUCCGUAUGUUGUAACACAAGGUUCAUUUCGUUAUUUUAUGACACAUCAGCCUCUUCACUACACAAACAAACCAGAGAUAACGGCAUAUGCAGCACACACCAUGCAGGACAAAAAAUCUUUUGCCUCUGAGAAAGAGACAACUACCCCAACACAAGCUACUCCAUUUCACAGAACAAAUAUAUUCCCUACUAGCAAGUUUAGUAAUCAGGGUCAGAAUAGAUACAACAUUAAUUCAAGAUUUUUUGGUAGCAACUAUGUUCCAGAUAACAGAGGCACAGCAGGGAGACUACCAAGUCAAGAGAUACCCUAUUAUCCCAGUUCCAGAGUGCCAUUCCUGUUCAACAGAACAAGGAUUUUACCUCACUUAGGUAUACAUCCUAAACCUGUGGUCCCUGGUCAACCAGUCCCAAAAGACACAAAUGAGAAGAAGGUUGCCCAGGUCUCCCCUCCUCGGAUUACAGUGCAGAAAGCUACAGCUGUUCCAGUGCCUUCACAUACCACAACCACCACAUCACCACCAGCAGUGAUUUUGAAGAUAACCCCUCCAUCCUUUUUCUCUCAGAGCAGAAGACCCCAGAUAUCCACUACACUUCAGCCUCUUCAGCCUCUUAAAAAUGCCCACUAUCACCAAAAAGUUCCAUCUGUGCCUUAUGUGGGAGGCAUUACAUCACACAAUUUAUCUAUAAUUCAAUCUUCAAGCAAUUUCAGGACACCUGGAGAAAGACCUAAAAUUAUCACAAAAGGAUCUCAGAGCAUAUCCAUCCUUGCUGAAACAGAUGCUCUUAUCCCUUGUGAUGCAGUGGGGGAACCAAAGCCUUUUAUUACUUGGACGAAAGUCUCUACAGGAGCUCUAAUGACAGCCAACACCAGGUUACAAAGGUUUGAAGUCUUGAAAAAUGGUACCUUCCUUAUCCGAAACGCUCAGCUUCAAGAUCGUGGACAGUAUUUGUGCACAGCUCAGAACCUGCACGGCGUAGAUAAAAUGAUUUUUGUGCUCACAGUUGUAGCCCAUCAGCCCAAAAUUUUACUUUCCCGCUAUCAAGAUGUCACUGUCUAUUUUGGAGAUACCAUAGCGAUGGAAUGUCAGGCUAGUGGAACUCCAAGACCACACAUUUCAUGGAUUUUCCCAGACAGGAAGAUUUUGCAGACAGUCACUACUACAGAAAGCAGGAUAAUGCUUCAUGAAAAUCGAACCUUAUCUAUCAAGCAAGCAACAUUUUCAGACCGGGGAGUGUACAAAUGCGUAGCUAGCAAUGCUGCAGGAGCUGACAGCAUAGCAGUGAGGCUCCACAUUGCAGCCUUACCCCCCAUCAUUCAGCAGGAUAAGCAAGAGAACAUUUCCUUGCCCCUUGGUAGCAGUAUUAAUAUCCACUGCACUGCCAAAGCAGCACCUCCGCCCAGCAUCCGUUGGGUGCUCUUUGAUGGCACACAAAUUCGACCUUCCCAGUUUGUCAAUGGGAAUCUAUUUGUUUUUCCCAAUGGAACUCUUUAUAUUCGCAAUGUCUCCCCUAAGGACAGUGGGGUCUAUGAGUGUAUUGCCGCCAACAUGGUGGGAGCUGCCAGGAGAAUAAUACAACUUCAUGUGAAGAAACAAGCAUCUAAUGCUAAGAUCACUGGGAGCUCUCCUCAGAGGACAGAUGUAACGUAUGGCAGUAUCCUGCAUUUGGACUGUAGUGCUUCUGGUGACCCGUGGCCUCGGAUAUUAUGGAGGUUACCUUCCAAAAGGAUGAUUGAUUCCUUACACAGUAACUUGGAGACUAGAAUCAAAGUAUUCAGCAAUGGGACUUUGGUUGUCCAUUCAGUUACAGAUAAAGAUGCAGGAGAUUAUUUGUGUGUGGCUCGCAAUAAGAUUGGGGAUGACUAUGUGGUCCUCAAAGUAAAUGUAAUGAUGAAACCUGCAAAAAUAGAACACAAGAAUGAGAAUAACCACAAGGUCAAGUAUGGAGGUGACCUAAAAGUUGACUGUGUAGCUACUGGUCUACCAAAUCCUGAGAUCUCCUGGGGUCUGCCAGAUGGCAGCAUGAUCAAUACCUUCAUGCAGUCAGAUGACAGUGGCAGCCGGACAAAACGAUAUGUGGUCUUCAAUAAUGGAACCCUGUAUUUCAAUGAUGUUGGACUGAGAGAGGAAGGGGACUACACCUGCUAUGCUGAGAACCAAAUUGGGAAGGAUGAGAUGAAAGUAAGGGUCAAAGUAGUGGCUGAACCUGCAACUAUCAAAAACAAAACCUAUGUCAUUAUUAAUGUGCCCUAUGGUGAUGUUGUCACAGUAGCAUGUGAAGCCAAAGGAGAACCUACACCCAAAGUAACUUGGCUUUCCCCAACCAACAGGCCCAUUCCUACUCUAUCUGAAAAAUACCAGGUAUAUAGGGAUGGCACCCUCCUCAUCCAAAAGGCACAAAGAUCUGACAGUGGUAACUACACUUGUGUAGUGCGGAACAGUGCUGGAGAAGAUCGGAAAGUAGUAUGGAUCCAUGUCAAUGUUCAACCUCCCAGAAUCAAUGGGCAUCUGAAUGCAAUAACAUCUGUAAGGGAGACAGCCAUCAGGGACAGCAGGAAGCUUAUUGAUUGCAAAGCUGAAGGCAUUCCAGCUCCACGGGUCCUGUGGGCUUUUCCAGAAGGAGUAAUCCUGCCAGCCCCCUACUAUGGAAACAGGAUCACUGUGCAUCGCAACGGUACUUUGGACAUCAGAGGGGUGAGGCAGACAGAUGCAGUGCAGCUUGUAUGCAUUGGACGGAACGAAGGAGGUGAAGCAAGACUGAUUGUGCAGCUCGUCAUCACAGACCAUUUGGAGAAACCUUCCUUCAGGGACCCUGUCAAUGAAAGGAUCACUGCCAUUGCUGGGCACAGCAUCAAUCUGAACUGCUCAGUCCAGGGGUACCCUGAGCCCACCACAAGCUGGAUCCUUCCCAAUGGCACGGAAGUGCUGAGUGGCAACCGUCUGCACAGAUUUUACCAUAAGCGGGAUGGAAUCUUACACAUCAGUGGUCUUUCCACAGGGGAUGCUGGGACCUACCGCUGUACAGCUAGAAACCCAGGUGGUUACGUGGAACGGGUUGUCUUCCUGAAGGUGGGACUCAGGCCAGAAAUCAGCAAUCAGUAUAACAACCUGGUGAGCAUCAUCAAUGGAGAAACUCUGCAGCUCCAUUGCAUCACCCAGCCAAACCAGCGGGCACAGAUCUCCUGGACACUGCCCAAUGGGAUGGUCCUGGAUGCUCCCCAGGCUGUGGGUCGCUUCUCCCUCCUGGAGAAUGGCUCACUGACAGUGCGUGAAGCUUCUGUUUUUGACAGAGGCACUUACCUGUGCAAGGUGUCCAGUGACUACGGCACUUCUAUUAUGAACGUGCCUGUCAUUGUGAUAGCUUAUCCCCCUCGGAUUACUAGUGAGCCAGCACCUGUCAUCUAUGCCAGGCCUGGAAAUUCAGUAAAACUGAACUGUAUGGCCAUUGGGAUUCCUAAAGCAGAAAUAACAUGGGAGCUUCCAGACAAAUCUCAUCUGACAACAGGAGCUCAAUCCCGUCUGUAUGGAAACAAAUUCCUCCACCCUCAGGGGUCAUUAGUCAUCCAGCAGUCUUCUCAAAGGGAUGCAGGUUUCUAUAAAUGCACUGCUAAAAAUAUACUAGGCAGUGAUUCGAAAACAACUUACAUACACAUAUUCUAACACUAAAACAAAUGCCUUUGGAUCAGUGCUAGAGUUCCAGUCACUGCCAGCGAGGAAAGUACUGUUUGCAACAAAGCCAGGAAGGCUGAUGGCAGGAAAAAAAAAAUAAUAAUUCUGUUUUCAUGCAAAGUGCAUUGCUUUUGUACUCAGCGUAAUAGUACUUCCCUGCAAUAGAAGAAGGCAGUAGAUGUAUCUAAAUUAACACAUUGGAAAAGGUCUUUAAAUUGUUAAGACAAUGUGAUGUGUUGUUUCAUGCUACCCAGUAGCAUUUGAGACCUGAAGUAUUCUGUUUUUGUCAAUAGUCCAAAGCUAUUCCGUGUUUUAAUAAGCACCUUAAAAGCACCAAAGAAGUAUUAACUGCUAAUAAAUGAGCUGCAGUGAUAGAAGUGCUUUAGUAUUUUGGGAAAACAUACUUUUCUUUAUCCCCUGCAGCGCUUUUACAUAAUCUAGUCUUAUAGAAUAUGAUUACUAACUUUUCUGUUUGUUCUCCUAUCAGCUCUUCAAAAUCGAAAACUAAUUUAGCAAAUAAGAGUGAUCUAUUUUAAUAAAAUUACGUGCAGACAUUAAUUACCAUAACGUACAAACAAACCUUUUCCAGCUACUACGGAUGCUCCAGUCAAAUCAUCCAUAUAUAUAUUUUAUAUAUAUUUUUAAAUCAGACUAUGAGACUAGAAAGAGUAACAAUGAAUUUGGUCUCAUUUUAUAAAUUAUUGGUCUUUACAAGACUCUGAUACAUUACAGUGUUUUAUAAUGUUAAGGUCA